CGCUGCGCGCGAGCUGAAGCCAGCGCUUCCCAGCCUCUAACCUUCCCAUGGCGAGUGCUGCAGCUCUAUCAGCAGAACCUUUCUCUCAGUGUGAGGAAGGGCUUUUUUCCCCUUUUCCUUUUUUUUUUUCCUCCUUAAUCAGAAGCACUGAAUGAAAGCCAAUCAGAGCGAGAGCUCGCCCCCGUUUUCUUGGGUUCCCUGCCGUCCAGAGUUAAAAGUGAUGCUGAGAGAAAGCUUGAGUUAGAUUGAAGUAGAAUCAGUGAUAGAAAAUAACAGCAGAAAACAAACAAAAAGGAGACCUAGUGACAAUUUCUCCAGGGUUAUUUUGGCUGGAAUCAACUUCCGUUAUCCAGAAGCUGAUAAACAAGCUUGUGAAAAGAUGUACAAAACACUGAUGAAAUGUUGGAAACCAGCUGAAACACAGUAAAAUCCAGUCUGGUAAAACAGGACUGCUUUCUCUUCAUCCACGUUGGGAUUUGCUACGAAGUAAACUAUGACAAUAUAUCAAUUUUUGAGACUAUUUCUACUCUGGGUAUGGCUGCCACAUUUAUGUUCUCCAGAGAUAAUGUUCAGAAGGACUCCUGAGCUUCAGCGAAGGAUUUUAGGUACACGUGGACCAAGGAAUGAUGGCAAAAUUCUGCAUCGUCAAAAACGUGGCUGGAUGUGGAAUCAAUUUUUCUUACUGGAGGAGUACACAGGAUCUGAUUAUCAGUAUGUGGGCAAGCUUCAUUCAGACCAAGAUAAAGGAGAUGGAUCACUCAAAUAUAUUUUAUCUGGAGAUGGAGCUGGAACUCUUUUUAUUAUUGAUGAAAAAACAGGUGAUAUUCAUGCCACAAGAAGAAUUGAUAGGGAGGAAAAGGCCUUUUAUACUCUACGUGCACAAGCUAUUAACAGAAGAACUCUGAGGCCAGUAGAACCAGAGUCUGAAUUUGUGAUCAAAAUCCAUGAUAUCAACGACAAUGAGCCAACAUUUCCAGAAGAAAUUUACACAGCCAGUGUUCCUGAAAUGUCCGUUGUAGGUACUUCCGUGGUGCAAGUCACAGCUACAGAUGCCGAUGACCCUUCCUAUGGGAACAGCGCCAGAGUCAUUUACAGCAUCCUUCAAGGGCAGCCAUAUUUCUCUGUGGAGCCAGAAACAGGAAUCAUCAGGACUGCAUUACCAAACAUGAACAGAGAAAAUAAGGAGCAGUACCAAGUGGUCAUCCAGGCCAAGGACAUGGGCGGCCAGAUGGGGGGCUUAUCGGGGACCACCACAGUGAACAUCACACUAACCGAUGUUAACGAUAACCCACCUCGCUUCCCCCAGAACACUAUCCAUCUUCGGGUUCUAGAAUCCUCCCCUGUUGGCACAGCUGUUGGAAGUGUAAAAGCAACAGAUGCAGACACUGGGAAAAAUGCUGAAGUAGAAUACCGAAUUAUUGAUGGUGACGGGACUGAUAUGUUUGACAUUGUAACUGAGAAGGACACGCAGGAAGGCAUCAUAACUGUAAAAAAGCCACUUGACUAUGAGAGUCGAAGACUUUAUACUCUAAAGGUUGAAGCAGAAAACACCCACGUGGAUCCACGUUUUUAUUACCUAGGACCAUUCAAAGAUAGCACCAUUGUGAAAAUCUCUAUAGAAGAUGUAGAUGAGCCCCCUGUUUUUAGCAGAUCCUCCUAUGUGUUUGAGGUACAUGAAGAUAUCGAAGUGGGCACAAUCAUCGGCACUGUAAUGGCAAGGGACCCAGAUUCUACCUCCAGCCCUAUUAGAUUUUCAUUGGAUCGCCAUACUGACCUUGACAGAAUAUUUAACAUACACUCUGGAAAUGGAUCACUUUACACAUCAAAACCACUUGACCGAGAACUGUCUCAAUGGCACAACCUUACAGUUAUAGCUGCUGAAAUCAACAAUCCCAAAGAGACAACCCGCGUGGCUGUUUUUGUGAGAAUUCUGGAUGUUAAUGACAAUGCCCCACAAUUUGCUGUGUUCUACGACACCUUUGUAUGUGAAAACGCCAGACCAGGACAGCUAAUACAGACUAUAAGUGCUGUAGACAAAGAUGACCCCUUAGGUGGACAAAAAUUUUUCUUCAGUUUAGCUGCUGUCAAUCCAAACUUCACUGUACAGGAUAAUGAAGACAACACUGCCAGAAUUUUGACCAGAAAGAAUGGGUUCAACCGCCAUGAAAUAAGUACCUAUCUCCUGCCUGUGGUGAUCUCAGACAACGACUACCCAAUCCAGAGCAGCACGGGCACGCUGACCAUCCGCGUGUGCGCCUGUGACACCCAGGGCAACAUGCAGUCGUGCAGCGCCGAGGCGCUGCUGCUCCCCGCAGGCCUCAGCACCGGGGCGCUGGUCGCCAUUCUCCUCUGCAUCAUUAUUCUGCUGGUUAUAGUAGUACUGUUUGCAGCUCUGAAAAGACAGCGGAAGAAAGAGCCUCUGAUCUUGUCUAAAGAAGACAUUAGAGACAACAUUGUGAGUUAUAAUGAUGAAGGUGGCGGAGAGGAGGACACUCAGGCCUUUGAUAUCGGCACUCUGAGGAAUCCUGCAGCUAUUGAGGAAAAAAAGCUCCGCCGAGACAUCAUUCCUGAAACGCUAUUUAUACCUCGGAGGACUCCUACCGCGCCGGAUAACACGGACGUCCGGGAUUUCAUUAAUGAGAGGCUCAAGGAGCACGACCUGGACCCCACAGCGCCCCCCUACGACUCACUUGCAACCUACGCCUACGAAGGAAAUGAUUCUAUUGCCGAGUCCCUGAGCUCCUUAGAAUCAGGAAGAAAAAUUUUCUCCAUGAACUAAAUAUCUUGGUUCAACAUUGUAUUAAAUACAGAGACAAAUGUAAAUUUUACGUUGACAAUAAUCAAUGGCAAAAUAAGUGGAUCAUAUGAGAAUAAAGAAGAAACAAGGGGUGAGUUGGAUAUGAACUCUUCAGUCUCCGUGAUUCAGCUUGUCCCUCCCUUCCUGCACUUUGAAACCUUGUACAUGGAGCUCCGACACCACUCACCCAUGCUUCGCUGAAUUGCACUCUUUGAUUUCAAAUACGUUGUCUCCUCCCUCAACUAUUAUGAAAGCUGGACGAAGGAAGGAAUGAUGUCUCCGUUGGCCAAAUGGUAUACUCUCAUAAUGCUGCACAUGGUCUGACACAUUGCAGGUAUUUAAACAAUAUUUUAAAAUUAAUUACUGAAGUAGAAUAAGCAUUCAAAGAAAAAUUAGGUGAGAGGAGAAAGUGGAAAAAGAGAUAGAAACAAAAAGUAAGACUGAUGACAUCAUUUGUAAACACAAAUAAUAAGUUGUGUUAUUUUGUUUCCCAUUUUGUCUCUAACAGCUAAAAUCACAUUUUCUUUGUUUGAUGCAGAAGUAUAUAUUUAGAGAUCUCUAAAAAUUUCUCAAGGGGUAUAAAUAAAGACUCAAAAUCAGAUUGAGACAAUUGAAAGUAAAGAAGAUCUGCUAUCUUAUAAAUUUAUGCCAUGUGGAUGGUAUAAUCAGUUUUUCAAUGAUUAAGUCAAUCAAACUACAAUUAAUUAUAUCAAUAUUUUCAGAAGUUAGAAUGCAAAAUACUUUAACUUUCUUCAACUCUCUUGAUUAGAGGCAAGAGCAAAUAGCCAAAAUAAGAAUCACCUACUAAUAUAGAAACAAAUAAGCAUACUUAGCAUAACAUUGUGGCUAUAGAAUUUAUUGAAUGCGAUAGAUUUGUUUCACAAAUUCUCCAGCAGAACCUAUGAAAGAUGAUAAAGCAAAUAUAUUACAUAUUUUCUCACAGUACAGUCUGUGAAGAAUAGUAAGAAGAAUAUUGUGAGGUGUUUUACAUUAAUUAUACUUAAAUUUUUAUUUUUAUUAGUACAUGUUUGCAGUUCAUAAUGAUUAUAUUCCUCAUAGGAUGUUGGUACAUAUACAACACAUCUCAAUUCUUUUCUCUCUCUCAUUUCUCCCCUUUCGCCAUCUCUUGUUUCCCUGUUCUUUUACAAAAGAUCUGUUUCCCUAUGUCCUAUUACCUAUUAGUUAUUUCUUUUCUUUAUUUAUAUUUUGAGUUUCUCAUAUAAGAGAAACCAUGCAUUAUUUAAGCUUUUGUGUCUGAUUUAGUUUACAUAAAUUAUGGUCUCUAAGUGUAUCCACUUUCCUACAAACAUAGAGUAGAAAAACAUUAAGCAAGAGGAACUUUCAAUUAGUCAUGAACUGUCUCAAAAGUCUUGCUUGAUAGGGACAGUGGAUUUGUUUCACUUUAGGUCCAUCCUGUUAUGUUUGAGAGACUGUAUACUGUGCCAGUUCCUCUAUUUCUAAGAACAGAGUGGCUAUAAAUCGCAGGGAAUCUAUUUCAGCCUCCCAUGAGGAAAACUUACAAUAAGAUGGAUGAAGGUUAAACACAACAUAUAUUUUGGUUGAGACUACAAAUCUAUAGUAAGUUCAACCCAAUAAAAAUCGGUAACGUGCACAAUUGUAAAAGAACAAAUAAAAGCUUGUUUCAGAUUUUUGUAAAUGGUAAAGUCUUUUUGAAAAGUGAUGAAACCCAUGACUUAAUGAGAUCUUACCUUCUGUAGUAUUUAUUGUAUCUUUCAUCUGUUUUAUUCUGUGUAUAUUCUUUAAUGUUUAUGCUUGUCUACCAGGAA